AUGUCGCCGACAUACACUUUGUAUCAUGGCACAUUCAUCCAAUUACCGCGCCACAUAGCCACAGAUUCAAAACCCGCUUUGGAAAUAAAUACGGGCGUCUUGUGGGUGUCGAAUUGUGAUGGAAGGAUUCAGGGGUUUGACUGGAAUGUUGGUCUAGACUCAUCAGAUGCCGAGGGUGAGGGAGAGAAGGGCUUGAGUACGUUUGUGCAGAGCAAAGGGUGGACGUUGUGGAGGGAUGGUGUUGAUGCGAAAGAAGAGGAGGAGACGGUGACAAUUGUCCGUGGUGGGAGGGAAGGGAGGAAUGGAUUUUUCUUCCCGGGUUUUAUCGGCAUAUUCGGCUCGUCCACGUUACUAGACUGGUUAAAGAAAUAUACCUUCCCUAUGGAGAAAUCAUUCGAGUCUGCAAAUGAUGAGCACAAAAAAGCUCCACCGCAGGCGUAUACAGUCUACAAUAAAGUGAUUUCCCGUACGUUGUCGCACGGCACGACGACGGCGUCUUAUUUCGCUACUAUACACGUCCCUGCUACGAAUUUGCUGGCGGCGCUGUGUCAUCGACGCGGUCAGCGCGCGUUUGUAGGCCGGGUUUGCAUGGAUAAUCUCGUGUUUUGUCCUGAGGAGUACCAUGAUGAGUCCAGUGAGGAGUCGAUUAGUGCGACGAGAGAAGUUAUCAAGUAUAUCCACGCACUUGACCCUGAGGGAAAACUUGUUGCGCCCAUUGUCACGCCGCGGUUUGCGCCUACAUGUUCGCAUGAGGCGUUGUGCGGAUUGGGGAAAUUAGCGGCGUCGUACACGCCGCCGUUACACAUCCAAACGCACAUUUCAGAAAACAAAAAUGAAGUUUCGCUGGUGAAGGAACUGUUUCAAGAGUCAGAGAGUUAUGCGCACGUCUAUGAGGAGACUGGUCUCUUGACGCCCAGGACGAUACUUGCGCAUGCGGUACAUCUUACACCUGAAGAGAGGACGCUCGUUAAGCGGCGAGAAGCAAAGAUUUCUCAUUGUCCGGCGUCGAAUAGUGCGUUGGGAUCGGGACAUAGUCCCGUGCGGACGUUGAUGGAUGAUGGGAUCACGGUUGGACUGGGCACGGAUGUUAGUGGUGGGUACUCACCUAGUAUACUCGAAGCGUCGCGGCAGGCUUGUCUCGUUUCACGUUUAGUUUCGUCUCAGGCUGCUGUGACAACUGGUCGGGAAAGCUUAAGCGUUGAGGAAGCGUUGUAUCUUGCGACGAGGGGUGGUGCGCAGGUCGUCGAUAUGGCAGAUCAAAUCGGCGGAUUUGAGAAGGGGAUGUAUUUCGACGCGCAGUUGAUUGAGUUGGGCCCUGUUGUUGAGAAAAUCUCAGGUGUGGAAGAUUUUGAGACUGUGGCAGAUGAGGAUACGGGAAAUGUUGAUGUGUUUGGAUGGGAGAAUUGGGAAGAGAAAGUCGCAAAGUGGGUGUGGAAUGGGGAUGAUCGAAAUGUUAGGGCUGUAUGGGUUAAUGGGAGGUUGGUACAUAAGAGGGGUGUAUAA